AUGGCCAGCACCCGUGCUAUCCGUCGCUACCGCGAUGAACCCAUUCCUGAACAGGUGUUGCGCGAUAUGUUAUUCACAGCAACCCGCGCGCCCAGCGGAUCUAAUCGUCAACCGUUUCGAUUUGUAGUGCUGACAGAUUCAGACAAAGCAGUACAGGCUAAAAAGCUGAUCGGCGAUUCAGCCAUCAAAUUCUGGGAUGCCAAACGCGCCAACGACCAGUACGACAAAGGCAGCGGCGCUGACCCGAACUCACCUAAAUCACGUAUGGCGCGGACCAUGCAAAGUUACGUAGACAACCUGCACAACGCACCCUGUCUGAUUUUGCCGUGUCUGGUGCGUUACCGGGCACCCAACCCGAUGGAAGGGGCAUCCAUUUAUCCUGCGGUACAGAACCUGCUGCUGGCUGCGCGCGGCAUGGGCUACGGCGGCGUGAUCACGGGUUUUCACGGCCCGGUUGAGGACCAAUUGAAGCCAUUGCUCGGCAUUCCAGAGGAAGUUUUCAUCAGCUGUACCGUGACGCUGGGCAAUCCCCAGGGCAAACACGGACCAGUACGGCGCCGGCCGAUGCAGGAGCUGGUGUUUGGAGAUACCUGGUCAGAAGCACCCACAUGGGCAGUGGACCCGCCGGGCACCCAGCACACCAGCGCCGGACCGCCAAAAGGCGUCAAAGCUGUCUGCUGCGCUGAAUUUGGACCACCCGAACAAUUACAGCGCAUCGAGGUGCCACGUCCGAUACCCAAGGCCAACCAGGUCCUCGUCAGAGUCGGUGCUGCGGGUGUCGGCUUUGUUGAUGGUUUGAUGAUUCAGGGUAAGUACCAGAUCAAGCCACCCCUGCCCUACUUCCCCGGCAGUGAAUUUGCGGGCGUGGUAGACACCGUCGGCGCAGAGGUCACCCAUCUGCAACCCGGAGACCGCGUUAUGGGUUCAGGCGGCAGUGGUGCCUUUGCCGAUUUUCUUAUCGCACCUGCCAGCAGCCUGAUCAACAUUCCCGCUCAACUGGAUACCAAUGUUGCAGCCGGUUUCUUCAUCAACUACGCCACGGCACUGUACGGCUUUGCGCAUUGCAGCCAGUUACAGGCCGACGACACCGUACUGAUUCUUGGUGCUGCAGGCGGCGUCGGCUCAGCGGCUAUAAGCGUGGCACGGGCCAUGGGCGCACGGGUUAUCGCCGCAGCGUCCAGCCCGGCAAAACGCCAGGCGGCGUUAGACUUCGGCGCACAGGAAGUGGUCGACUACAGCCAGGAGGAUUGGCGUUCUUCCCUGAAAAAACUCACAGAAAACAGUGGCUUACAGAUGGUUUAUGACCCUGUGGGCGGUGCGGUUGCAGAGCCUGCAUUUCGCUCGUUAAGCCCCGGCGGUAAACAUCUGGUGGUGGGUUUUGCCAGUGGCGAGAUACCCAAACUGCCGUUUAAUCUGGCCCUGCUUAAGCAGUCAUCACUGGUCGGCGUAGACUGGGGCGGCGCAUCACGCAGUGAUCCGCAACUGAAUCACAAGCUUAUGGAGACUCUGAUGUCGUGGGUUGUCGAAGACAAACUCAAGCCCGCAGCAGUUGUUUCGCUACCGAUGAGUCAAUACAAGCAGGGACUCAAGCGCCAACUGGCUGGCGAGAUUGUUGGCAAACUGGUGCUGACCAACUCAGACUGA